GCCCUUCGCGCGAGGCUGUGGUGCGGUCGCCUCACAGGCUCCUCCGAGUUUCAUCUUCCUCAGAGACCCCAGGGAACUGGGCAAUGGCGGCGGCCAGGCUCCUGCCACCACCAGCAGGGCCCCAGCCCAUGUCGUUCCAGGUCAAGGUGACCUUCGAGGACGUGGCCGUGCUUCUCUCCCAGGAGGAGUGGGACCAGCUGGGCCCUGCUCAGAGGGGCCUCUACCGACAUGUGAUGAUGGAGACCUACGGGAACGUGGUUUCCCUGGGACUUCCAGGAACCAAGCCCAACGUGAUCUCCCAGCUGGAGCGAGGAGAAGAGCCCUGGGUCCUGGACGAGCAAGGGGCCAAGGAGAGCAGGGGCCUGGGCAGUAGCAGUUCAGAAUGUGAGGACAAGGGGGAAAACCAAAAUAGUGUGAAGCCGUUCAUUUCAGAGGAAGUAUCUGUGGUUCUGGGGAAAACAGCCCCUGAGUGGACUGAUCAAAGAAGUGACAAACAUGAGCAGAGCUUCUGUCUGAGUCCAAGCCCCACGGUCCCCCCCGAAGUUCAGGUCUCCAGCCUAAGCAAGCCACUCACUCGGCAGCCGGCCACUCCCAGCGGGGAGAGGCCCUACAAGUGCAUCGAGUGUGGGAAAUGCUUCAGCCGGAGCUCCCACCUUCUCCAGCAUCAGAGGACCCACACAGGGGAGAAGCCCUACGUAUGUGGGGUGUGUGGGAAGGCCUUCAGCCAGAGUUCGGUCCUCAGCAAACACAGGAGAAUCCACACGGGUGAGAAGCCCUACGAGUGUAAUGAGUGCGGGAAGGCGUUCCGUGUGAGCUCAGACCUCGCUCAGCAUCACAAGAUCCACACAGGAGAGAAGCCCCACGAGUGUCUUGAGUGCCGCAAGGCCUUCACUCAGCUCUCACACCUCAUUCAGCACCAGCGGAUCCACACAGGGGAGCGGCCCUACGUGUGCCCGCUGUGCGGGAAGGCCUUCAACCACAGCACUGUGCUGCGCAGCCACCAACGAGUACACACAGGGGAGAAGCCGCACGAGUGUGCGGAGUGUGGCCGGGCCUUCAGCGUGAAGAGGACCCUGCUGCAGCACCAGCGGGUGCACACGGGGGAGAAGCCGUACUCCUGCAGCGAGUGUGGGCGCGCCUUCAGUGACCGCUCGGUCCUCAUCCAGCACCACAAUGUACACACAGGCGAGAAGCCCUAUGAGUGCGGGGAGUGUGGCAAGGCCUUCAGCCACCGCUCCACGCUGAUGAACCACGAGCGGAUCCACACUGAGGAGAAGCCCUACGGCUGCUAUGCCUGUGGCAAGGCCUUCGUGCAGCACUCCCACCUGAUCCAGCACCAGCGGGUCCACACUGGAGAAAAGCCCUACGUGUGCAGCGAGUGUGGGCACGCCUUCAGUGCCCGCAGGUCCCUGGUCCAGCAUGAGAGAAUCCACACAGGUGAGAGGCCCUUCCGCUGCACACAGUGUGACAAGGCCUUCAGCCUGAAAGCCACGCUGAUUGUGCACCUGAGGACGCACACAGGCGAGAGGCCGUACGAGUGUAGCCGCUGCGGGAAGGCCUUCAGCCAGUACUCUGUGCUCAUCCAGCACCAGAGGAUCCACACAGGGGAGCGGCCCUAUGAGUGCGGCGAGUGUGGCCGCGCCUUCAACCAGCACGGACACCUUAUCCAGCACCAGAAGGUGCACCGGAAGCUGUGACUUCAGCAGCGACAAGUUACUCACACUCAGGCGCACAGACCCAGGGAGCCUCUUGUUCAGGAGAAGCUUCUGUCAGCUCCAAGGAAGCCCUGUGGUAAUUGAGGGUCACAAAAUAGCUCCAGGGAGGAGCACUGAGCUUGUUAUUCCUGGGGUAAAACUUUAGAGAAUGCCUGUUUUAUUUUUUUCAAAAUCUUGAAGUCAUAUUGGAGAGUAAUCAUAAUUGUAGUGAAUUUUGGUUAACACAGCCAUAAUUCUUUAACAUUAUUAGAUAAUGUGUUUGAAACUAAAGGAAGGGAAGGCAUAAGGAUUACUGACACAAUAAAAACUUUCUUAUAUUCCAAAUAAAGGUUUCUUAGAACAUUUCAUGCCUUUCCUAAAAACAAUGGCUACUCUAAUUAUUGCACUUAAAAUAUUGGACUAUUUUCAGUAUCUUCUUAAACCACUAAAGUGCUGUCUGGAUGAAAUGCUAUUAAAAAGUGUCACAAAGUAGCGUCAUGUAGUAUGCCUAAAAAUCCUGUGUGUGUGGAACCUCCUGUUUGUAUAGGGGGAAAAGUAAACAUUAGAAACUGUUAAUUUAUAAAACCCUUAUUUGGGGCUUUAACUUUAUUCAAGAUCAGGGGUGAUAUCCUAACUUUUUAGUAAAAAUUAAACUCAAAAAUGGAUCUUUUCCUCAAAACUCACCCUAUGAUCAGCAGACCCUGUGCUGCAGAAAUCAUGGGAUGGCUUGGGCGUCUGGGCCCUGUUUGCGCAGAGACGGGGAGCUCCAGCUCCAUGCAGGCCCAGAUGCCACAGCUGCUACACCAAGUGGAUGCCUCAACACACUGGUAUUUCCAGAAGACAUUCGUAAACACUUGGUGCCUAUUUUUAAAACAAAGUUCUCAAAUACAAAUAGCUCUUCUUCCUAUCUCAAAUGUUUUUAUUUCUAAAUUUGAGGGAUUUUGUUUUGGUUUUUUUGUAAAUUCCUGGUUCCAAGAGUGUAUUAUCCUUUGUCAUACACUGUGAUGGAUCUUUUAAUAAUUUAACUUUUGUCUAGAACAUUACCCACUUCUCAGGAAAAGUUAAGCACUCGGGAUUGAUCCUUAGGCCCCCAGCAGUGCGCUGUGAUGCAGAUAAAUGCUCGUGUCCUCUGUGUAGACACUGCUGAGGAAUCGCCAUCAACCCCACAAAGGGCAGCUGCGGUCCUUGCUCAUGCCGCCCACAGCCUGCCCCUACACCGGGCACAAAUCCUAAUCCAUGGAGAGUUAGAACUAGUCAUGUGCCCGGCAGCACUGGAGUAAGAGUUCCAUUAAAUUGUGCUGUUGUGUGUACAGAAUACUGUUCAGACUUUUCUUGUACCAGGUGCCAUGGACCCCUUGGUGAGCAUCAGGCUCGGUGUCCAUGGAGCUGGGAGGUGAGCACAACACCCUCUCCCUGGCGAGGCUUGCAGGCUGCGCA